AUGGCUGAUCAUUUAAAUAAUGAGAUAUCGCUCGGCCACCUGGGAAGGGCAACUUAUGUCGAGGAGUUGCAGGAAUGGAGGUUUUCGCGUGCGCCCAACCAAGGUUUCCUCUUCAAAAUUGCGGGUGAAGCAAGUGUACUCUCCUGUACCAAAAACCCAGGCUCUUCUCAGGAGCCGAGAAAUGACAAUGUUGUGACGAAAAGAACAGAGCAGGUGCUAUUGAAUUUAUACCCAGAACUUACUCAUGGACUUUCAAAUAUGGCCCUUGAAGAGGCAACUUCACGAGUUAUUACAUCCGCCUCUUAUCAUUUCGAGUCAAAUAGCCAUGGGUGUCUAGCGUUUGGGGAAAUAGAGAAUAUGAUGGACGACCGUUUAGCAAACCAAACAACGCCAAUAAUUGUAUUGCCAAGAGAGAAUCACAGUUCAUCUCUCAUUCUAUGCCCAUACGACUUCAGCAAUGAUUCCCUGUCCCAAAAUGCCACACUGACUAUUGAUGACGACCAGUCUGCUCUGUGGACUUUGCCCGGUGGCCCCGUGAAGCAAGUAUUAUCUUCGGAAUCAUUUCAGGAACCAAAGACUUGCUUUGCGGCAAGGUUAUCCUUUUCCACCACAAUAUUCAGCCCGGUUUACCACCGCACCCCAAUCCCAGUGAACUUGAAUGAUAAGGAUACUUACGCGGACUCAUAUCUAUUAUCAUAUAUUGAUCCGAAUCCCCUUGUUAAUAUUCCAUGCAAAUUGACAGGUGGUCAUCCUCACGCUGCGGUAACCUUCAACCCAUGGUAUCAACGGCAGGUUGCCGUCAUUGACCGUGCAGGAAAUUGGAGCGUUUGGGAUUUGCAACGCAAACAACAGCGUAAAGCUGGCUGGUUUGCUGAGCGUGGGCCAAACGGUUCCAUACGACUUCCCGGGCUUGAAAAUAUUUCCAAGUCGAUUGAUCACUAUGACGGCUGGGGCGCAAUAUUAUGGAUCGGCACUAUCCACCAGCUGUUGGUGUGUGAUAGACGAAAUAUUUACAUUUGUCGUAUGGAUGUUCGUCCCUCUGAGCAGGAGGAAUUUGACCUUGGCCUCAAACUUCCUUCGGAAUGGAUUCUUGAUGUCAUCCGCAGUCCAAGGAUACCCUCCCACGUGUUUAUCCUCACGACGUUGAGAAUCCUGUGGGUACAUGUUCCGCCACCUGAUGACCCUCAACUUAGCCAAGGCGGCAACGUUCAGGCUGCAUCUAUUCUCCUCUCCUGGAACCAUUUCCGAGACCCAGAAGAUUUAAGUCUCCAGAUAACCCCGAUAUCCGUAGGAACAGAUCUAUUUAUAAUGCUGUAUUCCCGUCUAAAUCUUCUUGCUAUGACUAUCCAGGUGUUUCCAUCUGACGAACCGUCCUACCCGGUGUCCAUAUGUGAUGCAAGGAUUCUUCAUUUGCCCAAGAUUAAAAGUGAAGAGGCGGUUUACGGAAUGCAACAGUCUCAUAAUACAGUGAACUUUUCGAGUAUUUCCUUCCAAGAAAUCAAAACUCCUAAUUCGUCUUUGGAUGAUGAUGACACCGUUUCACCGAAAUCGGUUAAAUUAAUGGGACAGUUAAUGGAUGGAAGGCUUGUUGAAUGCAUGUAUUUAGCUACUGGCGCUGACCAGGAGAUAUUGCCAGAUAUUAUCCCAAUAUCGGCUGGUAAGAAGAAACGGCCUGCAAAACACCGCUCUAGGCUGCCUGACGAGUUCGAUUUCGUUGUAGACGAUGGGGAAAAGUCACUUUUGGUACCCGUUUGCCCACCAAACAAGCCGACAAAGAAAGGCCCGUCAACGGCCAUUUUCUCAACAUACGAAACUCGAGAACAAUGGCAACUUCAAUACUCUUUAGCUACCUCUGUUCUCGAACACAUGGACAUCACCGACCUCACAGAGCGUGGGGACGAAACCCUCUUCGGAGACUGGCUGAAUGCUCUAAAAAGGCGAACUACCGACCUGAUUUUAGCUCCAACGUCCUGUUCAACGUCUCUUUCAAUGUCAGAAGCCGUUACAUCAUCCAUUUCGGUAGAUGAGGUCGAGAAUAUUGCAAAGGCAUUUGACGAUUUUAUCCUAAGAUUUGCAAAUUCAGGAGAUGACAUGUUUCUUGGGUUCCAAAUACAUAUUUUGCUACAGCCCUUUAUACCCUCUUCAAACUUUUCAAUGAUCGAACCAGGGGCAUGGAAUAGCACCUCCUUGAUGGAACUUUACGAUGCGAUGAUAUGUCACUGGUUGGCUCCUUUACCAGGCGGGAUUCCAAAUCGGCUUCGAGCGUUAAAAGAAAGGACCAUCAGAGAGGUGAUCUCCGAACUUUGCAUUGCGAGUGUUAUCAUAUCCCGCUGCAAAGUUGAAGAAGUCGACGACGGGCAGGAAGCUGGGGACAGUUCGCCUAUCAGGCCUGACGCCCGCAGUAUUUCCGAGUUCAAAGACCAACUGACCCAAUGGUCUAGAGAGGAUGUUCGUUCAUCUCCGUCACGAACAGGAAGCUCAACUAGCAGCCGGGCCGGAAACUUUCUGGCUUCUCUUGCGCGCUACACAGCCAUCAAUAAUCAAAAGUCAAUCUCGCGCAGGACCAUCACCACGGCCGCACAUUGGGUUGAUGGAAGUGAUCCUAGCCAAUAUGACUGGCAAGCUACGAUAUCUUUACGCGAUAAACCACAAUCUGAGCACGACAAAAAUUUGAAACGACGUAAACGGAAAGAAAGGAGGCAAUCCUCAUCUGCGGCACAAUCGCAGCGAAGUGUUUCAGCGGACAUCCCUAUAGCUAGGCCGUGGGGAAGUCAGCCAGAACCCAGUGUAUUCAACUCCAAUAUAAACAGUAGUCAGGUCAAUGAAGGCGGCCUUACUAUGACACAGGGCGAGCAGGGUCUAUUCGGAAAGAGGAAACAACUGCCCAAGUCGAAGAAAAAGAAACGUAUCGCAGGAUUUUGA